AUGAACUACCCAUUUGGAACUUCGACAUUCGUUUUUGUUGGCAUACUGGCUGUUAUCCUUCCAAUAAUCUCCAGAAUUAUAUCCUCGCCUGUUGCUCUCCUCCUGCUCUCACCUCUCUUGAUUUUCGCCCUUGCCCUAGCAUUCCUGAUUCUUUCCAUUUAUCUGGGUUGGACCCUGGACGUAUUUCGUCCAGUGCCUCGUCCACAAUUGUGUCGAGCAGCAAGACCUUUUGCAUUCUCAACUCCGGCUGCAUGGCAAGCUGUACAGACGCGUUCAAAAUGGUCCCAAAACACCCCACCAUCAUUUCCAUUGCUGUAUCCAGACGCACCCGAGCUCUCAAUAGCGCUGAAUGAAAUUGUCAACAUGGUUGUCCGAGAUUUUGUAUCAAGUUGGUACAAAGAUAUCUCUAACUCGCCUGCGUUUCCCAGCGCUGUUUCGUCUGUCAUACAUGCUUCACUCGAACAAUUUGCUGAUAGGGCUGCCGGUAUCGACGUAUCAUCGCUUGUCGUAAAACGUAUAUUGCCCAAAGUCACGGCCCAUAUUGAACAGUUCCGCCAAUCCGAAAUUGCACUACGUGGUGCUGGGCUUGAGCGUCGAUUGACGCAGUCUGAAGAGCUCGAUCUGCUUCUCGCUAGUCGCUACGCUGCCAAGGGUGAAGGGAAGUUACACCCGGCGAUUGAGAACUUAUCCACUACCUUCACGCGUCAAACUGAAGAGAUGCAUCUCAGGCAACUUGUUGACAAGGCUCUCCCUCUCAUUUUGCCUCAAAGGGAGAGUAGGAGCAAGGCCUUACGGAUAGUCGUAAGGGAGAUUGUUGUUUGUUCUGUUUUAUACCCUGUUGUGGAGAUGGUUGCAGAUCCCGACUUUUGGAAUAAAGCCAUUGACCAAGUGGCUGGCGCUGCUAUCCAUCAGCAAAAAUUAAUCUCCAAAGUGCGGAAUGUCCUAGAAGCCCAAAUUCCUCGGCCUCAAAGUCGAGUGGCUACGGCCGACCCCCUCGAGUCUGUUGUAACGGAAAGAAUUACCAUUCGCACAAAUAUGCGGCAGUUCGAGUCGUUUUUGCAGAGCAUCAAUAAAUGCUCUUCUUUACUUGACGCACGGAGACUCAAGAAUGACGUUGUUGGCGAAAUACGUAGAACGAGAGUCUUGCUUGCAAACCACGAGAAGGAAGAUUGGAUCAACGGAGAAAAAACUGAAGAUGUUGUCGCCUUUCUAGAUAGGCUUUACACAGCGAAACGGAAAGUCGAGGAAAGAAUAGUUGUUCUUGGUGGCGAAGAGCAAGAUCAAUCGCGUCAGUCGAUAUAUCAGGAUGCGGGUUCAAAAUCGGGUCUCUCUCUACGUGACGUCCUUAGGAAUCCCAGUUCGCUCUCUUAUUUCAUGGAAUUUAUGGACCGACGGCGCAGGUCAUUGCCUGUUCAAUUCUGGCUUACUGUCGAAAGUUUCAAGAACCCUCUGGAAUCAAUCGAAUCAGAUUUAUCUGACGAUGAAGAGGAAAUAAUCCAAGACCCUUCCUCCUAUACCACCGUCAAAGAGGACAUAUCAAUGAUCAACAAUCUCUACUUUUCAGGCCCCUCUGUAUACCCAGACCUGGCUUCCAUAUCAAAGAAACAUGUUGGUAUAAUACAAGAGUUCGCACGCGAUCCUAAUCCGUCUCUUGCUGCUCAACGUCGAGUGCGUAGAAGUGUCAUGUUGGCCCAAAAGCAAAUUGAACAAGAGAUGGAACAUGAUUUUGACGAUUUCGAGAGAUCGGAGUUAUGGUUCAGGGCGAUUGGGGAUACCGCCUCGGCAAGCAACCAAAUCCAAACGGAUCCGUUUGCGAAAGAUAUAGAAUCACUUUCAUCCUCCGUCGCAGAAGAGCAACCUCCAGUAUCUUCCAAACACCGCCCCGGCCUCCCAUCUCAAAUUUCACCUCGGACAGAUCCACCUGCUGCGUCGGGAAUUCAGCGCUCAGCCAGCGCUACCUCGAACCGCUUUUCUUACAUACCGACAAGUAUUGAGGUUUUGAUGUCUCCGAUUUCAGACCCGUCGUCCGACACAUCAAGGGCGCCCUUGUUCAAUGAUCCUGAGGAUGCGAUGCAAAGGGCUGAAGAAAAGAGGAUGGAGGCAAUUCAAGCAGCCUUAACGGACAUAAUGGCACUCGAGCAGGAGCAGAAUGACAGGCCGAUCAUUGCCGAGAAUUUGGGUGAUUCGCGAUCCUUGAAGUCCAUUGGUAUGGCGGAUGGUCGAAAGCGGCAAGGAGUUUUUGAGGACCAGACUAACGCAGUCGAUCCUGAGGAGGGUGAUGAGGGUGAACCAGAGGGUUCGAGUGACUAUGCCAGAUCCUUUCAACUUGCUGCUCCUGGCGACCUUCAGCUGUCUUACGAGAUAGCUCGACUUGGAGACAAUAUAACAAAUCUUCAAGUUCAAGAUGCUAUGUUGGAUAGCUUGAUCAAGAAAGCGGAACUAACAGGGGAUACCCAGGAGUUAAGACUGCUCAUGAGAUCGAAGUCUUCCAUGAAUAGGGAGCUUCGGGAACUUCAAUUCCAAAAACAACAAUAUGAACAGCAAGAAUCAGCCAAUCGCCUUCUUUCUGAUCGUACCAAGGUAGCCAUUGUCAACUCUGCUGUCGCCGACGAGGAUGGCAAAUCGGUUGUGCGUUAUCUUGUUGAGGUCCAGCAGUUGGCUAAUGACGGGAGUUUCUCUUCGGGAUGGGUCGUUGCAAGACGAUAUAACGAAUUUCUGACUAUGCAUAACAAGUUGCGAGAGCGAUAUGCCUUGAUUAAAAAUCUCGAUUUUCCGGGGAAGAGAUUGGUACCAAGUCUUUCAGGCAAUUUUUUUGAUAACCGAAAAAAUGCACUGGAAAAGUAUUUACAGAAUGUCGUUGCAAUCCCGAUUGUUUGCGAAAGCCCUGAACUUAGGGCCUUCCUCUCUCGCGAAUCUCCGUUCAUUGCGGCAAGACACCAAAGUAGCUCCAAGGUCCCCGUGGCCUUCUCUGGCACUGAUCUUGUGCGCAAUGUAUAUCGCUCCGUUGCAGAGAGCAUUGACGACAUGUUCUUUGGGCCGUCUAUGCUGGAUGUUAUGAUUCAGCGCCUUACACGGCAGGCGGCGGAAUUCGCUGGCAUUGUCGGAUCAGGCGUUAAUGAUGAAGAUCUUGUUGCACAAGCUUUGAAUGCGUCUGGAAGAGGUGCAUCGGAAGCAACGUUAAUGAAACUUUCUGGGGAUUUGAAACCACUCGAAGGAGAGAGUAGCACAUCCACUUUUUCGGCCCCAAUAUGUGACCUCGUCCUUGCCGUAUUCGAGCUUAACAAGAAGAACAACUGGCUUCGGCGACAAGCUAUCGUGAUCAUUUUACAACAAGUGCUCGGAGGGACUAUUGAGAGGAGAGUCCGAGAAAAUGUCAAGGAACUGCUCAGAGAAACACGCGUAAUGUCCUUUGUCAAUCUAUUUCGAGAUGCUCUCUGGCCAGGAGGUAAGCUCAAGCCUCCCGGUGUUCCCCGCUCUGCGGAGGAGAAGAUUCGAACUCGAGACGAGGCCAAUCGAAAGCUCUCAUCGCUAGUACCUGAUUUGGCCGCAAACAUGAUUGGGAGAACCAAUGCCAGACGCGGAGCAAGGCGGAUAUUUGCCGUGCUUCAAAACCGCCGCCUCAAUCAGCAUAUAGCCUAUGUGAUAAUUGACGAGGCUGGUGAUACUGUGCUACUAUCAAAUAUAAACUAA